UUUAAGCCAAAGUAGAAAGUACAAUAAGCAGAGAAAGUGAGAGAAGAAAAAAAAACAGACAGAAUAAAAAAAAAAGAGGAAGAAGAAGAAGAAGAAAACGAACAAAACAAAACCCAAUAAGCAGCGAUCGAAGCUUUUAAUAAAACAAAGAAGAGUGAAAAAGCUUUCGGCUUCUAAAGGGCAAAAUACGAACAAAGCCCACGACGACGCCGAGAAAUCAUUUGUGUUUGGUCGGAACAACAAGUUUACUUCUUCUUUUUGUGUUCGGUCUUUCUUUUUUUUUUGUCGCUUGUCUGAAUUUCUGGGUCAAUCUUGGGCAAAAAAAAAGAAAGGUUAUUCCUUUUUGUUCUCAAUUCAAUCUUCCAACAACACUUGUUGUUGUUUCUCUGCUUCCAAAGCUUGGGGUCCCGCUUCCCUCAUUCCCUCGCUUCAUUUCGAAUUCGUUGCUCUGUUCUCAAGCUCGAAUCUUUUUUCCUUCUUUCUUUCUCAAACUCCACUGAUCUCGAUUUGCUCCAGCUGUAAUUCUCAAAGUUCUUAGCUUUACGAAUUGGGCGUGAAAGGGAAAUGCUGGAUUGCUCUCUGCUCUGCUCUGAUUCAGUUUCGUCUUGAAGUUGGUAACUUUUGAGCUCUAGGGUUUGUAGUAUUAUCCUGAUACUGAAUCAGCCAAAGGUGGAAACUUUAAGGUUGUUAGUGUGAGCUGGGUAGUAGUUGAUGAUGAUCUCUGUUCUCUAGGGUUUUGGUUUUGGGAGGAGAUGAGAUUUGGAUUUGCAUUGUACAGCUCCUAGAUUUGUACCAAAAGCCUUCAGCUAAGUUCUUGAAAUGCUUCUGGAUUUGAGUUUAAGAAGUUAUAAUAAGUUCAUGAGUUGGAUCAAUUGGUGUGAAGGAUAACUAGCCUCUGAUUGUUUCCAUUGGCUUUUGAGUUUCUAAGAAGAAGAAGAAGCACAAAGAGAGAGAAGUAUGCAAGGUGCUGAAGAUCAUCACAGGAUUGAUCUAGCUGAGCUGAAACUGCAUAUAGUGAAGAAGAUUGGGGCUGAGAGAUCAAGAAGGUACUUUUAUUACUUGGGUAGGUUUCUGCGUCAGAAGCUUACUAAGGUUGAGUUUGAUAAGUCAUGUCACCGUCUUUUGGGGAGGGAGAAUCUUCCUCUACACAACAAGCUGAUUCACUCCAUCUUGAAGAAUGCAUCUCUUGCUAAAUCCCCACCACUUCAAAAAACCAAAUCUUUGGUGCUUGGGAAAGAAGAUGGACCUCAACAAAGCGGAUCUCUCAUCCCUAACCAUAAUCCGGUUUUGUCAAAUGGGGUGUUACACAAGGUCCGGUCUGGAAAGUGUGAUAGGCCUAGUCCACUUGGGCCUAACGGAAAGGUUGAUAGUCUGUUGCAUCAGCCACUUUGUAGAGAAGACGGAAGCAGUAAUAGAAAUAAAGAGAACGGUGACGUUGGACCUGUUGCUUAUCAUAGUUCAGGUCCAGAUUCUGGUGAACGAGGCGGUCCAUUACCUUAUCAUAGUAAAGGUAAGGUCACAGCACAAGUUAUCAGAGAUGAUGACGUAGCUCAAGAGGAGCGAGGUAGAUUGGUUCUUUCCAAGAAUCCUGUAAUGGCACCUCUAGGGAUUAUUCCAUACAGUGGGACCCGGAGAACAGUUCCAGCUUCGACCAAGGGUGACUUCAUUACUUGCUAUGACAGUGGUGGAUUAUCAGAGACAGAGAUGUUGAGGAAGAGGAUGGAGAGUAUUGCAGCAGCACAGGGUCUAGGAGGGGUUUCAGCGGAGUGUUCCACUAUGUUAAAUAACAUGUUGGACGUGUACUUGAAGAAACUGGUCAAAUCAUGCGUUGAUUUGUCUGGAGCUCGGUCCACGAAUGGAAACCAAAGUUUAGACAAACCGCAGAGCCGAGAGAAGAUUGUGAAUGGGAUGUGGCCGAGUAACCAAGCGUCUGAGAUAACGCAAGAACAGCAGCAUCCGGUGUCUUUGCUUGAUUUUAGAGCUGCAAUGGAGCUAAAUCCACAUCAACUUGGCGAAGACUGGCCGUUACUUCUGGAGAAAAUCUCCAUGCGUUCAUUUGAGGAGCGAGAAGGGGUGUGAAUGAAAAUGUUUGGGGAUGUUGGAUGUUGCAAAUUGUCUGAGUAAAGCUGCUCUUGUCCCAAAGAAACUGGUUUUGGUCCAGUGGAGCUGAUGGCUGAGAGACAUAUCUAAGUUCUGCAGCGGCAAACUCGGGGCAGAUCAGUGGCCAUCGCAGCGAGUUUCAAGAUCUGUGAGGCUGAUAAGGGAAUCAAGAGAGAGAGUUUUGGAAGAGAUACUUUGGGUUUGAGGUGGGAGCAAGGUACAAAAUAGUCGUGUAAUAUCUGGAGUAUUGCUGUGUAUGUAACAUAGUCUUAGAAUUGUUUAAACUUUAUAGCUUUGAAAAGACAUUGACGUCACUUUUAGCUGCAUUUCCUUUACAGUUUUGUUUUCACAUUUCAAUGAAAAAGGUUAUUUUUAUAGUC